AUGGGCACUUCCAAUGUCACGGUGGUGAACGCUUUUAAAUUUCCAAUCGACUUUUGUCCAGGCAUCUUUGCUUGCAACGACGAUCCCACUCCUGGCACACCCAUUUACAGCUCCAAAACACCCACAGGCUUAACGGCACAGCUCCUUCUCUGUGGUUCGGUUGGUAUUUUAAGUUUUCUCGCCUUUUGUUUCCUACGUACUCGAUGGAUAUCUCUAUACUCUCCACGAUUGCGUAUGAAAAAACACGCCCCAGAUAAGCUACCUACCUCUUUCUUUGGGUGGAUAUGGCCUCUAUUGAAAACUCCGCAUUCGGUUGUACUCGAAAAAGUGGGUCUGGAUGCUGUAGUGAUGCUGCAAUUCCUCUUGAUGGGUGCCAAGCUAUUUGGUCUCUGUGGCUUUUUCAGUACGGUUGUGUUACUUCCGAUUAGCAGGAUGGGAGGUGACCUACUUGGAAACUCGACGGAUCCUCCGGAAGAAGAAACAGCUCAAGAUACCGACAACUCUUAUUAUUCACCCUCUUACUUGUGGGUCUAUCUCUUUUUCACCUACUUUUUCUGUUUCGCCACCUUUUAUUUCACCUUCCUCAACUACCGCGACUAUGUACGUUUACGACGUGAAUUUCUCUUGAGGAUUGCAAAGACCGUGCCAGCACGUACAGUCCUUGUCACAGGCAUCCCACCACAAUUACGCUCAGACCGGAAACUAGCCGAGUAUUUCGAGAAGCUUGGCAUUGGUGUUGUCGAGUCCGUCCAUAUCGUUCGACACCUUGAUCGCCUUAUGGAUUAUAUCAAAGAGCGUGCACAGUAUCUACGACGUCUUGAACAUGCAUAUUCAAAGUAUUGGGGAAAUCCUUGCGAAGAUGCUGCUUACGAUCCGGAUACGUUAUUCAGCGAGAAUGAACGAGAAUCAACAACAUUACGUUCUGUCAGCUCGGCAUGCUCACCCAUGUAUCAUCCUGUAUCAGUCAAACGCAACAGACCUAUGAUACGCCAUGGCUUCAUGGGCCUCUUUGGCAAAUCAGUGGAUGCUAUUGAAUACUAUACCGAGCGAUUCCAUGAGAUUGAUUCCCUAGUGCUCAAGGCAAGACGCUAUGGCAGAUUCCUUCCUACAAGUGUGGGCUUUGUCACCUUUGAACAUAGCGUUAGCGCUUGUAUCGCGUCACAAGUAUUGAUCGAUUCUACUCCAUUCCGUUUACAAGCUGAAUUGGCACCUGAGCCUCGCAAUGUCUUGUGGGAGAACAUUGCUAUGCAUGGUCGAGAGCGCAUGAUUCGAAAAGCUGUCAUUUUCGUCAUUCUUAUCUUUUUGGUCUUCUUUUGGAUAUUGCCUAUCUCGUAUUUCUCGGCAUUGACAAGCGAACGAUCACUCCAAAACUACUUCCCUUGGCUUAUGGACCUUGCCAAAAAGAACAAGAUCUUGCAUCAGAUUGUGGUUGGCUUCCUGCCAACAUUGGCAGUGGUCAUCUUUAUGGCUAUUCUUCCUCUCAUUGUAAAUGUGCUGAGCGUCAUUGAAGGAUUUCAAUCGAGAAGCGAGGCCGAGGAAUCAAGUUUCAGCAAGCACUUUUUCUUUUUGCUAUUCAAUUUCAUGCUGGUGUUUACGGUUACCUCGACACUAUUCAAGACCUUGACAGAUAUGAUUGAAGAUCCCACGCAGAUUGCCAACAUCCUUGCAACGAGUUUGCCGCAGGUGGCACCUUUCUUUGUCAAUUAUACAGUGCUCCAAUGCUUCAUGAUUCUUCCGAUACAGCUAUUGCAAGUGGGCAUUAUUAUCUUGCAAGGCUUUUGGAGGAUCUUCCUCAGCAAGACACCACGUGAUUUCGCCGAAGUGACAGCACCACGCAUGUACAACUAUGGAUGGGGAUAUCCUGCGCCUGUAUUUAUGUUUGUUGUCUUGUUGGUGUAUUCGACAAGUGCUCCUAUCAUUUUGGUGUUUGGCACUUUGUACUUCUGUUUUGCGUAUGUGGUGCUCAAGUAUCAAUUCCUCUAUGUGUACUUUCAUCCAUACGAAGUUGCUGGACGCAUGUGGCCACGUAUCUUUUCACGUAUCAUUGUUGGGUUAUUGAUCUUUGAAAUCAUGUCCAGUGGUCUCUUCCUCUUACAAAAAGCGUAUCCUCUCGCUGUGCUUUGUGGACCAUUGAUCAUCUUGACCGUUGUUUUCAAGCUCACCAUGGAUGCAGCUUAUUUACGUAGCACACGUUUCUUGCCGUUGCAAUUACUCACCCAACGACUAGGUGUUGCUACUACAGCCAUUGAUGGACCAGACACUCCUCCCAACAACCAACAACAACCACAGCCACAACCCUCUACAUCAGAGCGAACGUCGCGACGUGUGAUUGAUGCCAAUGGCAAAGUGCUUAUUAGACGACGUCGUACUGUAUUGGAUCAAGAUGACUAUGUAGCCGAACCAACAAAGUACACGGAUUAUCGACAACCACCCAUGACACUUGUGGACGGCAUCUUGAAUACGGGAAUGAAGAAGUACGGCCAUCCAGCAUUAUUGGGAGCAUUGCCACAGCUAUGGUUGCCGGUAGCAAAGUAUAGGAGACAAAGCAUCUAUUCGGAUAUUGAGCCUGGAUUAUCACCGAAACCAACGGCUACAACGACGGCUACGAGCAUCGGCAGGAUGAAUAAUAAUAAUGAUGGUAAUAGUAUAUGCAGCAGCCCCUUGGCACGGUCACCACAGGAUAUUUGCGCUUCAUUGUCAAUUGGUGAUUUAGAUAUCAAUGGCGAACGCCGACCCCUUCUUGCAGCUCAUCCAGAAGAAGAAGAAGAAAUAGAAGAAGGUAGCAGCAUUGACUCGUCAUCAUCCGAGGAUGUUCAAGAUGGACGUCAACGCACCAUGUAUUAUCAUCAUCCCGAACGACGCCAAUCGCGACUCGCCCUAAGCAGCAGUAGCCGAUCAUAUGGCGCUCUAUACAAUCACCCCAAUCGAGAUAUCCAUUAUUUAUAA